CGAGACGGUUCAGUGCAACGUUAGCAGGAAGAGUAAGUGAAAAUACGAUUGGCUUCAGUCCGCGGCGGGGCUUCAACCGACAGCAUAACAACGGGAUACGGCCCGGAGCACGCCGUUUGGGCUCCCCCCACCCGGUGCUGUGAUCUGGUGCGGCGAGUGUUCUGAUGGCAACAGCGGCUGGAGUGAACAGGACUGCUGAGGUGCCGAAAAUGGAAGGAGGAAGGGCAAGUGAUAAAGCGAACGAAGGGAAGGACAACGACAAAGAAGAACAAGGCAAGAAAGCGGGAGAGGAAGGAAAAGAGGGGCAGAGGGAGAAAGCAAGGUACAGUGUGGAAUUAACUGUGGAAGUAGUAGUGGAAGGUGCACUGUCUAUGAUGGACCUGCUAAAAGGGAUACAGAAACAGUGCGGGACAGUGGAUGGAUGUAGAGUGACGGGGGAACAGUACGAAGUGACGAUGAGGACAAUCCUGGGGAAAAUGAAACUAAUGGAGGGGCUGAGAGUGAACGGGGUCGCGGUACAUGCAAAAAACAUUAUGAGCACUGAUGUGACCGUCUCGUUCCUGCAUCUGCCAGUGUACUAGCUGGAUAAAACGUUACUAAAUAGGCUUGAGGAGUGGGGAGUUAAGCCCAUCUCGGACAUUAAAAAAAAAAGAGUGUGGCCAGACUCGGACAUUGCAGACGGCACCAGGUUCCUGAGAGUGAGAUUCAACAAUAAGGUCCGCUCCCUGCCGUACUCCACGAAGUUCGACACGGUGAAGGGUGCGGAAUACUUCCGGGUCCUGCACAAUGGCCAGGUUCCAGUGUGCAGGUUAUGUAUAAAGCCGGGUCACAUCUUUAGAGAAUGCCCAGACUUUAAGUGCCACAGGUGUAAUGAGCAAGGGCAUUAUGCCAAGGAGUGCAGGUAUGGAGCUGAGAGAGAGAGGAAAGAGAGAGAGAAGGAAGAUGACAAGGAGAGAGAAGAGGAGGAAAACGACAAGGAGGAAGACGAGGAGGAAGACGACGAGGAAGACGACGAGGCAGAGGGGGCAAAGAAAAUACCCCAUGAUGAGAUCAGCAGCGAAGAUGAAGGUCCAGUGGUGGAGGACAUCUCGGGGGCUUCGGUGAUGGAGGAGAAAGCACCAAAGGCGGGAAAGAGCAAAAAAAGUGCAAGGCAGGGCGGCGGAGGCGCCGACGGGAGCAGCAGAGGUGCCGACGGGAGCAGCAGAGGUGCCGAAGGGAGCAGCGGAGGGGGAAAGAAGUGUCGGGGUCCUGAAGAGGUGGAAGACGCCUCGGAGGCUUCCGAAAUGGAGGAGGGAGAGCUGUCGGAGGACCCUGGGGGCGUCAAGGUCUUCGGGAGCCCAAACGAGGAGCAGAAGGGCCAGGGCAAGAGGAGAAGCAGGUGCGAGGAGGAGAAGAAGACCUCAGCGGAGAACGCCGGGCUGAUUGCUAGACGCAAAGCGGACAAGGCGAGGGAGGUGGAGAAAAAGAGAGCGGUUUCGACAGAGGGGGAGCUCGGGAGAGAAACCAGUAUAAGGCUGGAUGAGCCCAACACAAGUGGCCAGUCCCAAAGACUCAUCAUGGAAGAGCAUGUCGCCCUCACUGCAGUGUGGUUUGGGCAAGUUGAAGUUCAGAGCGGUGGAACCAGGAGCAUCACAAUUUGCAGUAGAACAAGGAAAUGCACCUCCAAUGCCUCUGUCCCAGGUCCCGUCUACCUGUGGCUACAGCGUGCAGAGGAACUCACAUGCACUUGAAAUGUCGGUUCCCUAUGAUGGCUGCAACAUGGUUCAAGAGGGUGGAAGUUAUGUACUCCCGAUGCGUUGGCAAGGAAUUCCAGUCUCUCUCUGGUGUUCCAACCCUGCCGCACCUCCUGCUUCCAAAACGACUUUCCCCCAAUUCCCCUGUAGCUCAGAUGCCUGGAUA